AUGGCAUUUGCCCGCAGAUUAGCCAUCAUACCUGGCGGCCUGGGCGGCCUUGGAUCAAGCAUAGGGCAAAAGCUGAGACAACAAGGUGCCCAUCUCGCCAUUCUCUACGCACCUUUCGAAGCUGCACGCCGCGAUGAGCUUCUCGAAUCCCGGUACGGCGCGAGCGGCGACCUAGAUAACAUCCACACCUAUGAAUGCGACAUCACCUCACCAGACUCUGUGCAGGCGGCCUUCAACUCCUUAGAAAAACAAAUAAUCGACCCAACCUCGUGCUCUCCAUCUAACAGAGCGUUCCCAAGUAUCCUUAUCAACACGGCUGGAUACGUAUCUCUUAGCGACAUGGAGAUAACACCCCCGGAAGAAACGCUGAAGCAUCUCACCACUAACCUCUACGGCCCGAUGCUCUGCUCUCAGGCAUUUGCUCGGCUCUAUUUUGCCGCAUCCAAGGCCGCCGAAGCAUCGCCUAGUCCCCCGCCACCGGGCAGGAUUGUCAGCAUUUCCUCGCAGGCGGCACAUGUCGCGCUGCAUCGGCAUGGCGCGUAUUGCGCUUCGAAAGCUGGGCUCCUGGGUCUGACGCGCAGUAUGGCCUCUGAGUGGGGUGGUCGGGGUAUCACGGCUAACACUGUGUCUCCGACUGUGGCGUGGACGGAUCUUGGGAGGAAGGCUUGGGGGGAGGCGAAUGUUAAAGAGGCCUUCUUGGCGAAUAUACCGACGGGCAAGUUUGUGCUUCCGGAGGAGGUUGCUGAUUCUGUGUUGUUUCUUUGUCAGGAUUCCAGCGGCAUGAUCAAUGGUGCGGAUAUUAGAGUUGAUGGUGGUUUUACGGUUAGAUAA